AUGAUUGAUAGUGCCGUGUUGGAAAGGAUUAAGAGAAGGUGUGGGUAUGAGAAUGGUAUAUGUGUUAGUAGCAAUGGGAACUCAGGGGGUAUGGGGUUUUGGUGGCAUGAGGUGAAUGUUAAUGUUAUUUCAUAUUCGGUGCAUCAUUUUGCGGCGGAUAUUUGUGAUAGUUUGGGUGAACCAAAAUGGAGAGCGAUUGACUUUUAUGGGUGGCCUGAGACGGAAAAUAAGUAUGAGACAUGGGACCUAAUGAGAAAUCUGAAGAGUGAGUGCAAUCUUCCUUGUGUUACGUUUGGAGAUCUCAACGAGAUUGUGAGUAUGACAAAGAAGAGUGGUGGGGCUGUGAGGCAUGAGUACUUGAUGGAUGCUUUUCGGGAAGCCAUAGAUGAUUGUGGCUUACGUGACUUGGGAUUUUCUGGGAGUAUUUUUACGUGGCAAAGGGGGCAAACGGAGGAUACUGUCAUACGGGAAAGGCUGGAUAGGUUUCUUGGUGAUGUCCCUAGGUGUGAGUUAUGGCCGAAUGUUAAAGUCCAACAUAUUGCUCGAAUGGACUCUGAUCAUGCUCCGAUCCUUCUUAGUACAAUUAAUUAUUAUGAACGUGGCAGGAGGAAGAAAUUGUAUCGGUUCGAAGCUAUGUGGAUCUCAAAGCCGGAUUGCAAUGAGGCUGUUAGGAAGAAAAAAAUCAGAUCUCUUGAAAUAGAACUCCAAGAAGGGCAGGGGGGUCAUAUGGAUGCUGCAAGUUUGCAAAAGUGUGAGAAAAUUUCAGGGGCGAUUAAUAAGCUUCGUUGUCAGGAGGAGAUUUAUUGGUAUGCGCGGGCUCGUGCAAAUGAAUUGAAAGAUGGGGAUAUAAAUACGACAUAUUUUCAUAGGAAGUCCGAUAAUCCUGUUGACUUUGAAGCAGCAUUGGAAGGGAUAGAUACUAUGGAGACGAGUGAAAUGAAUCAACAGCUAGCAGAAGAACCAAGCUAUGAGAAGAUUAAAUUGGCUCUUUUUUAG